UUGGGGGUGCCGCGGAAGAAAGUAAGGGAAGGUUCGCAUUCUCAGCUCGCUGCUGGUAUGCAGGCUGCUAACUCAAUCCUAGCAUGGAAUUGGGGUUUGGGGGAAACUGAGGCAAGAGUGAGGAAGUCCAAGGACAAAUCCCCAAAGCUUUUUCCCUCCCGGUGUCUCUGAGGGAAGGAAUAGCCUGCCAAAGAAGCCAGUUCAAGAGUCCACCCCCCAGGGAUUUGGGGUUUGGGGUGCAUAGGACAAAAGAGAGUUGAGUGGACGGGGUGGCAGCUCAGAGAAGUGGGAUGGGUCUGCCUGGGAGAGGACAGGCUGCCUCAUGACGGAAAUGAAGUUUCCUGGUGGGCACAGGAGAGGGGCGCCCACUAAGAAUGCAUCUAGCGGGGUGGGAUGCUCUUGGCCCAUGGAGACACCCACCCCCACAGACACCACUGCUCCAUCUGCCCCCAGAGUUCUCUCCCAGCUCUUGCUCUGGGGCUGGGGCUUGGGGUGUUGAUCCUCACUGUCCUUCCUACCUGCCUCAGGUCCGCCUCCCUGUGCAGGGGAUAUGGGAGAAAUGGAAGGCUGUGGGGGCUGUGGCCAGUCUCUCCUGGCUAGACCUGGAGGACCCCCCCCUCUAGGGUCUAGGGCCUUGGAGUAGGAAUGGAGGAGAGGGUGGCAGAGUUGAGCCCAUUCCCUGUGGAUCUAAGGAGCAGGUGUGAUGGGGCUGGGAGGUGGAGGGGAAAGGAUUUCGGUCUCGGAGUCUUUGCUGGGGGCCUUGCUUGUAGCCACAGAGUCUGCAAGGGACCCACUCUGGUCUUCAACUCCCUCCAAGGCCAGAGAGGUGACAGCACCCCCUCCUUUCAGCCCUGCUCCACUCCCAGCCUCCUCCCAGGCUGACCACUCUGUGCUCCCACAGUCUGCAAGGAUCCUGCCGGUUCCUAAGGCUGGGGAGAGAUUCUGCCCACUCUCCUAGUACUUUGGGGAACAGCUUCAGAAUGGGGUGCUGCUUUAGUGCCCAGCUCACUCUCCUUUACCUUCCUCCUUCACCUCCUGCAAGGCCAAUCGCUCCCUCUAACCCUUGCACCCACCUCACCGCCACCUGCUCCCGUUCCCCCCACCUCCCCCAGAAUCUUUCCUAUUCCUCUCGGUAGAGUGGACCUUCUGUGGAUGAACAGAAGCUGAAGGAUUCCCCAAAAAGGAUUAUCACUGGCGCGCACUGCGUGCGUCCGUCUAUGAAGCCCCACUCAUUCUUCCACAGCCGCCUGGAUGGGGCUGCCUUGGUAUGGAUGAUCCACCUUGCAUUAGCCAGAUCUUCAUUGGUGGCUGAUAAGUUGCAUCCAGGAUGCGUGAGAGGGCCACGAGGAGCUGGAGCAGAGGUGGCUGGGCGUGGGCGCUUUGCCUGGUGGGGCUGUGGACCCUCCUGGCCUCGGCUUCCUUGCAGCCUCCGACUCCCACAGGAAACUCCCAGCUCUGCUGUCCCACCCAGAGAAGGCCUGGGGAGACCCAUCGCUCACCCUCCCUUCCAGGGGAAGCAGGGCGCCUGCGAGGUGAUCGCUGCUCACCGCUGCUGCAACCGGAACCGCAUCGAGGAGCGCUCCCAGACCGUCAAGUGCUCUUGCUUUUCUGGCCAGGUGGCCGGCACCACGCGGGCAAAGCCCUCCUGUGUGGAUGCCUCCAUCGUCCUGCAGAGGUGGUGGUGUCAGAUGGAGCCCUGCCUGCCGGGGGAGGAGUGUAAAGUGCUCCCAGACUUGUCAGGGUGGAGCUGCAGCAGCGGGCACAAGGUCAAAACCACCAAGGUCACACGAUAGCUCUUGGGGGUCACAGCCUGGACAGGACAACUUGCUUGAGCCAU